AUGCAUUUCUUUCGCGCCGUCGUUUCUUUCACACUCAUCAUCGGCUGUAUGGCCCUAGCCUUCCCCAGCUUUGAUAUAAAGGCAGGUCUGCUUCACAGUCGAACCGAGCACAAUGCAGCAGCUAAACUGGCUCCUCGAGCUGAGGUUGCUCCUCUAACUGACCUUGCCCUUCCUCCGCGAUCUGAUAUUGUCCCAAGAGGAUCCCGUCCACCACCUCCACCGCCUCCGCCCCCUCCACCUCCUCUUCUUAUUACUCUUAAAGAUGGCGGGAAAGCCACUAUCAAGUUCAAGAACAGGACCAUCACAGUUGAGGGACCAGCUGUAAUCCGUCUCACUCCUUCUUCUCUUGAGAUUUCGAACGCCGGAAAGGUGAUUUUGAACGAGACGCUGGCGCUAGGAGCGCCUUAA